GCCACCGCAAAGACAACACAAAACCCUCUCGCUGUCUGUUCCUCACCGUUCUCUCAAAGAAAAUGUUAUCCACACUCCAAUCCCCUCGCUCCCUCUCCCGCUUUCCUUCUCGCUACACACUAUGCACCCUCACUGCCCAAUCCCCUACCUCCACCUCGCCACCACCGCCUCCCCCACACUCUCAAAUACUCUCCAUCCGCCACUCCCUCCUCUCCCGCCGCCUUAGUGCAGCUCAGCUCGCCGAAUCCUACCUCACCCGCCUUCGCCUCACCGAGCCCCAUCUCAAGUCCUUCCUCCACGUCUCCGAAGACGCCGUUUUGCAGCAGGCCCAUCGCCUUGACCAGAUGAUCGCCAGCAGUGAGGAGCUCGGGCCACUCGCCGGAGUGCUCGUCGCCGUCAAGGACAACAUCUGUACGGCGGACAUGCCUUCCACUGGUGGCUCCCGCGUCCUCGAGGGCUAUCUUCCUCCGUUCGAUGCGACGGCGGUCCGGAAAAUCAAGGACUUGGGGGGCAUUGUGGUUGGAAAGACCAAUUUGGACGAGUUUGGCAUGGGGAGCACCACUGAAGCCUCUGCUUUUCAGGUGACUGCAAAUCCAUGGGAUAUAUCUCGGGUUCCGGGAGGAUCAUCGGGAGGCUCAGCUGCGGCUGUUUCUGCCAGGCAGUGUGUAGUGUCACUGGGAAGUGAUACAGGUGGAAGUGUGCGGCUGCCAGCUUCAUUUUGUGGUGUUGUUGGAUUGAAGCCAACAUAUGGACGCGUCUCGAGAUAUGGACUUAUGGCAUAUGCAUCAUCCCUUGAUGUGAUUGGCUGCUUUGGAUCAUCAGUUGCUGAUACUGGAAUUCUUCUUCAUGCGAUUUCUGGCCACGAUAGACUUGAUGCCACCAGUAGUAACAGGGAGGUUCCUGACUUCGCAUCCCGAUUUGAUUCCGUAGAUUUAUUGGAAUCUAAACCAUUGAAGGGAUUGAGGGUUGGUCUGAUCCGGGAAACUCUUGAUGAUGGUGUUGAUAAUGGGGUGAUUUCUGUCAUACGUGGUGCUGCUUCACAUCUCGAGGAAUUAGGAUGCUCUGUGACGGAGAUCUCAUUACCAUCAUUCUCCCUUGGGUUACCUGCCUAUUAUAUUCUUGCAUCAUCUGAAUCAUCUUCCAACUUAUCACGUUAUGAUGGCGUCAGGUAUGGGAACCAAGUUGCUGCUGAUGAGUUAAACUCUCUUUAUGGGGAUUCUCGAGCUAAAGGAUUUGGUCCUGAGGUCAAAAGGAGAAUUUUGACUGGUACAUAUGCCCUUUCGGCUGGUUAUUAUGAUGCGUAUUACAAGCGUGCCCAGCAGGUGAGGACCAUGAUACGGAAAAGCUUCAAGGCUGCACUGGAUGAAAAUGACAUCUUAAUUUCACCUGCUGCUCCAUCUGCUGCUUAUAAGAUUGGAGAGAAAAAGGAUGACCCAUUGGCAAUGUAUGCAGGCGACAUCAUGACUGUCAAUGUUAACUUGGCAGGGCUACCUGCUUUGGUUUUGCCCUGUGGAUUUGUUGAAGGGGGUGCUGCUGGCCUUCCUGUUGGUCUUCAGAUGAUUGGUGCGGGUUUUGAUGAGGAAAAUCUGCUCAAAGUGGGUCAUAUAUUUGAGCAGACUCUUGAAAAUUGCAGAUUUGUCCCUCCACUGAUAGAACAUGAUGACACUCCAUGAUAGCUACCAAUGAUCUUUGAUGAGGAUGUAGAAACCUAAAGCCAAUUUGUAAUGCCAUUUCAUCCAUUUUUGAGUUCAUCAAUUUGCACAGGAAAGCAUGCAGAGCCAGUGCACCUGCCAUACCACUGAUCUAGAAUCAGCUGGAUGUAUAAUUUGUUGGCAUCACCGUUAGUUUGGUAUUUAUUGACUUUCUCAAAUAGGGUUUGAGUUUUUUUCCCCCUCCAUGAAAAGCCAUGAUUCCUUGAUGUACUAUUAAGAUGCAGUUGAAGAGAUGAUUUUAUUUUAUUUUUUAAAAAGGGAAUAUGCAGAGCUAAAUCUACUAGCCCUAGAUGAUAUGUUUGAACACAGAAGUGUUGAUGAAUUGUUGUGGAAUUAUCUGAGAUUAUUUUUAACUGACAA